AUGCCGCUCCUGCUCACUGCCCUGGCGCGUGCUUUUAUGUGCCAAAUGGACGGAGGCCGCGUGCAGUGCGGUGGUUUGCGAAGUUGCCCAGACACCGUCUCGUGUUUCUCGGCCCAGCUGGUCGGGCAGCGCGUCCUCAUGGUGAGUCUCACGUAUCAGCAUGCAUCGGUCUUGCCUGAUGGGUGCUUCUACGGCAGCUGGCACGGGCCAUACUGGCUCAGGUGGAGUGGAGAGCAGCUGUGCGGAAGCAAGUUGCCCGCCACAGCUGGCAUCGAGGCUCCGCAGCAGAUUUGCCUGCUGAGCCGUAACUGUGACCUCUACUCCUACAUCAACUUGGUGUCUACGACUGCGCAGAACUCGAUCAGGGUGUCCUCGCCGCCGUACCAGCCUGCAGAACCAGAAAGGCCUGUGUUGCUGGGCCGCAAGCAGGCGACUCCCUGGAAUCAUACGCGUCGCCACAGGGGCCAGCCGAUCCUGAACACGGUGGCGGAAUACCCGCAACCCGAGAACUUGUCCAGGAUCAGGGUGUCCUCGCCGCCGUACCAGCCUGCAGAACCAGAAAGGCCUGUGUUGCUGGGCCGCAAGCAGGCGACUCCCUGGAAUCAUACGCGUCGCCACAGGGGCCAGCCGAUCCUGAACACGGUGGCGGAAUACCCGUCACGGGCUUCAAAGGUUGUACGGAAGAAGGCUAUGCAGGUACAGCUCCAAGUGCCCCUCAGGCAACCCGCCAGAAUCACAGCUGUUCUUUCCACAGCACCACACAACAAUCCUUGUCGUGCGAUGGCCCGAGGUACCAGCCUGCAGAACCAGCCGCAUCUUCAGGAAAGCGGUGCUGACGCUCCCCUUGAGUGA